CAUGCAGGUUGUCCCCUUGGACAAACAGAUUACAGUCAUAGACAGUCCAUGCCUCAUUGUCUCUCCACUUAACUCCUCCGCUGCACUUGCUCUACGAAGUUCAGCAAGUAUUGAAGCACUAAGGCCAGUAGAGGCUGCCAGUGCCAUCCUUUCCCAGGCUGAUACUCGACAGGUAGUACUGAAAUACAAUGGCCCAGACUAUAAGGAUUCACUGGAGUUUCUCACUAUGCUUGCUCAGAGAAGAGGUCUACACCAAAAAGGGGGAAGCCCAAAUGUUAAACAUGCUGCUAAACUGCUAUGGUCUGAGUGGAUAUGUGCCUCUUUAGGUUACUAUUGCAUGCCCCCACAUCCUGGACUCCUCUUCCACAUCUUAAUAAGAGUUUCAUGGCAGACUUGAAAUGGGGCUUUAAUCUGGAAGAACUGGAAAACAACAACGCACACAGCAAACAAGCCAUCAGCGGUCCUCGUUUAGCCAAUAGCAUCCUUUUCCAGUCCUUGGGUAUGACAAACGGGAUAACAGAGGAAAAGGAUAUACCUGAAGGAUUGCCAAAACAAAAACAGAAGAAACAGGAGGAAAAGGAGGAGGGUGAAGACAUGAACAGUGACCAGGAAAGUGUGGAUGCAGAAGUGGACGAAAGGGCUUCAAACACAUCCCCUACAGAAGAGACAUGGGUGGCACAGCCUGAAGAGUCCAUACCAGGAGGCAGUGACAUUUAAGGAUGUGGCUGUGAUCUUCACUGAGGAGGAGCUAGGGCUGCUGGACUUUGCCCAAAGGAAGCUGUAUCAAGAUGUGAUGAUGGAGAACUUCAGGAACCUGGUCUCAGUGGGGCAUCAACUCUUCAAACGAGAUAUCUCACAUAUAGAAAGAAAAGAGAAACUUUGGAUGAUAAAGACAGCAACCCAAAGAGGGAGAGAUUUAGGAGAGAACAAUCAAGAUGAGUUAAGGAUUAUUCAAGACAAAGGAUCUCAUGAAGAGUUUUCUUGCUGGCAAAUCUGGCAACAAAUUGCAAGUGACUUAAGCAGGUGUCAGGACUCCAUGAUAAAUAGUUCUCAGUUCCAUAGACAUUGUGAUUCCCCCUGCCAGGAUUGGGCAGGAAUAUCUAUUCAAAUUUCCGAAGGUGAGAACUGUAUACUAAAUCAUAAAGUAGAUGGUCCCAAAGAUACUGGAAAUCCAGAAUUACCAACUUCAGGAACCCAGAAUACUUUUCUGACUAAGUCACAGAAUUAUCAGGAUACAUAUAAGCAAAUUUCCCUGAAAAAUCAAUUCUAUCAAUGUAAACAGGAUGCUAACUCCAUUAAUUGGAUUUCACAUCAUCAUAAUGCUCAUAAAGUGCACGAAAGUGAAAAGUUUUACAAUGAUUAUGUAAAAGGGAGCACAAAGAUUUCAGCAUUUGGUGAGAAUUGUAGUGUUUAUUAUAAAGGAGAGAACCCAUACCAGUGUAAUGAGUACAAAAUCUCCAGUGAUCUCUUCAGCUUUGAUAUUCAUCAGCAGUUACACACAGGAGAGAAGUCUCAUACAUGUAUUGAUUGUGGGAAAAGCUUCCAUUUUAGCUCAGUUCUUAGUGUUCAUCAGAGAGUUCAUGUGGGAGAAAGACAUAAAUGUGAUGAAUGUAAUAAAGAAUUCAGUCAGAGUUCACAUCUACAUCCUGAUCAGAAAAUUCACAUGACAGAAAAAUUGUACAAAUGUGAGCAGUGUGGGAAAGAUUUUAGUCGUAGAUCAACACUUAAUGCUCAUUAUAAAGUCCAUACCGGAGAGAAACCUUAUAAUUGUGAAGAAUGUGGGAUGGCCUUCAGUAAGGUCUCUCAUCUUCAGGAUCAUCAGAGACUCCACACUGGGGAGAAACCAUUUAAAUGUGAUGCAUGUGAUAAGAGCUUUAGUCGGAAUUCACAUCUUCGGUCCCAUCAAAGAAUUCAUUCAGGACAGAAACCAUAUAAAUGUGAGGAGUGUGGGAAAGGCUUCCUUUGUAGCUCAAAUCUUUACAUUCACCAAAGGGUCCACACAGGAGAAAAACCUUAUAAAUGUGAGGAAUGUGGUAAAGGCUUUAGUAGGCCUUCAAGUCUUCAGGCCCAUCAGGGAGUCCAUACUGGAGAGAAAUCAUAUAUAUGUACCAUCUGUGGUAAAGGCUUUACUUUGAGUUCAAAUCUGCGAGCCCAUCAGAAAGUCCACACUGGAGAGAAACCAUACAAAUGUGAGGAGUGUGGGAAGAGCUUCAGGAGGAAUUCCCAUUACCAAGUUCAUCUUGUGGUCCAUACUGGAGAAAAACCCUAUAAGUGUGAGAUAUGUGGGAAAGGCUUCAGUCAGAAUUCAUACCUUCAAAUACAUCAGAAGGCUCACCGUAUAUGUGGGAAAGGCUUCAGUCAGAAUUCAUACUUUCAAAUACAUCAGAAGGCUCGCAGUGCAGAGAAACCAUAUAAAUGUGAGGAGUGUGGCCAGGGCUUCAAUCAGAGUUCACGCCUUCAGAAUCACCAAGUGAUCCAUACUGGUGAGAAACCCUACAAAUGUGAAGAGUGUGGAAAAGGAUUCAGUCGUAGAGCAGAUCUCAAAAUUCAUUGUAGGAUCCAUACAGGGGAGAAACCAUAUACUUGUGAGGAAUGUGGAAAAGUCUUCAGGCAGGCCUCAAAUAUUUUGGCCCAUCAGAGAAUCCACAGUGGAGAAAAACCAUUCAGAUGUGACGAGUGUGGGAAGAGCUUUGGUCGGAGUGCACAACUUCGAGCCCAUCAAAAAGUCCACACUGGAGAAAAGCCAUACAAAUGUAAGGAGUGUGGGAAGGGCUUCAAAUGGAGCUUGAAUCUUGGCAUGCAUCAGAGGGUCCACACAGGAGAGAAACCAUAUAAAUGUGGGGAGUGUGGGAAGUACUUCAGUCAGGCCUCAAGUCUUCAGCUUCAUCAGAGUGUGCACACUGGAGAAAAACCAUACAAAUGUAUUGUGUGUGGUAAAGUCUUUAGUCGGUCCUCACAACUACAGUCUCAUCAGAGGGUGCACACAGGAGAGAAACCUUAUAAUUGUGAAAUAUGUGGUAAGAAUUUCAGUUGGAGAUCUAAUCUUACAAUUCACCACAGGACCCAUGUUAGUGAUAAAUCCUAUAAAAGUAAUAGAGGUUGUAAAAACAGAGGAUCUACACAGGAGAAAAGUUCUAUAAAAUGAUUAUUUUUUUAAUGCUCGAGAGUCACUUGAGUUCUUCUAUUAAUCAAGUCUCAAAAGAAAAAUAAUCAUUUGUCUCAUUAAAGUCAGUUCUUCAGCCCUAACUUUUCACAUCCCAGUGGUAUAGACCCCAUAGCAGAAAACCCUUGUAAUUGGUUUUGUAAGAGCCUUCAUUCAAAACCUGGACCUUUUGUCCAGUUUUGUCAUACCUUUUACAAAAGUGUGAUGGACAUGCCAAAAUUAGUUUUUACUGGAAUAUUAACUUCAUAUAGGCAGAGAUUUUGUUCACUACUGAAUCUACAUGAGUUCCCCAUUGCUGAGUACUUCAGAGGUACUUAGUAUUUAUUAAAUUAGUAAAUGGGAAGAUGUGUAGUAUUUGAAAGUUAUGUUGAGAUCACUGCCAAAAUAUAUGUGUAUUCAGACCCGGAAACCUGAAAGUAGCCUUAAUAAAAUUAAUUCAAGGAAAUGCUAGAACUGGGUACCAGCAAGUGGUGUAAUGGUUCCAUUGCCAAACUCCCACUCUGUUGGCUGUGGUUCAAUCUGGACCUGGCUACUUAA